CUUCUAUUGCUCAUCCCCAUUGCCUCCUAUCUCCCACUUGAAUUCACACGCUUCUUAUUAGAGAGAGAAAGAAUGGUCUUGGGAAAGCGUCGCGGCUCUUUGAUCAAGAGAACAGCAAUCAUGAGAACGAUCACAGACGAUACAGCCACGACCUAUCAUAUUGCAUCUCAGCCGUCUGAUCAUCUAACCAUUCAUAAUCCGACGGUGAUGAUAUCUACUAAGAACGAUAAUGACUUCUUGAGGACUUGUAGCCUCUGCAAUCAAAAUCUCUGCCAUCGUCGUGACAUUUAUAUGUAUAGGGGGGACAACGCAUUUUGUAGCUUAGAGUGCAGGGGGAAGCAAAUUAAGCUGGAUGAGAGAAAAGUGAAUAACGGCGUAGCAUCCAACAAACCCAUUCGUAUUUGA